AUGUCUUCCGGCUUUGUCAGUUCUGGCAGCGUAAACAGCAAAGAUGGCGACAAAGAGUGGAAAGAAGCGUACGAGAGGCUACAGAAGGAGCCAGAGGAGAACAAGGCCAAGGAAGAGGAGGAUAAGCGACCACUAGCAGAGCAACUAUACGAACGCAAGGCAGAAAAAGACGCUGAAUUUGAGCAGAAGACAAAGUUUUCGAACCAGUUCCGCGGUCUUGAACCAGACGAAGCAGGAUACCUCAAUGAUCUCAACGCAGGCAAGAACACCGAGACGAAGAGACGGCGAGAGGAGGAGGAGGAAGAAAUAGCGCAGUUCAAGCAGGCGAGGACGAGUUCACAGCCCACGCAUCCACCACGCUCACGCUCAACCAAACCACCACCACCAGCCAACACACCCCGCACACCCAAACCACCCAAGACAAACAAGGUGAAAGGCAGUUUGAAAGGACCGAUUGCAAUCAGCGACGAUAGCUCAGAUGAUGAUCAAGGUGAUGUUGUAGUGGCGACGUACAAAGCAGCAGCCAGCAAGCGAGACGAUGAGCGCAAACGAGAAGACAGACGCAUGGGGUGUGAGGCGCGUGAGGCGCCUGGCGUUAAAGGGGAGACGGUCGAUGAUCGCUUGGAGAACAGCACACACACACGCACGCGGAAAUCAUCGAAACCUCCGCCAUCGCCAUCGCCGUCUCUCCCCAAGAUGAAGAUGAAGAAAAUGGAUACAUCUAAGAUACUGGGACAGCUCCUCAAAGAGAAGACAACAAAUGAUGAGCUCAGAGCGGGUGCUGCGGGCCAGGAGGAUGCUUACAGGAGAUUUCUGGAGAAAGAGCGGCAGCUUAAUGAGGAAAAGAAACCUGAGGUUGAGGCGCUACAGGGUGAAGAAGACGCGGUUAGUUCAGACGACGAUGAAUUUCUCAUCCACACACCUCGAUUGGAAGUGGAUGGGAAUGAAAAUGAAAACGAUGAAAAUGAGCACAUCAACACACACACAUACAAAAAUGUCGUAGCUAAUGUGCUCACUACCGACAAAGCUACGAUGAAAAAGGACAAACAAUACAAAAAGCACAAACCCAACUACAGCUUCUUCGAUAUUGCCCAAUACCGCGAUCCCAAUACAGACACGAUAAUCGACGCGUUGCUCGAGACGGUGCUAACUACAAGCGACCUUUCUCCCCUCCAAAAAGACUGCUUGGUGGAGUACAAGCGGGUGCGUUCAGAGGGUGACAUGGACAAAGAGCGUGUGUACAUGUCAGUGAUAGUGCGCACUGUCAUUGCACACACUCGACCUCCAGUAAGUAUAAUGCACUUGAUAUUCCAUUUGAUGAUUAUGCAUGAACAUAUACCCUUCAAAGACACUGCUCUGCGCAUCCUCCAAGAUACCCUGCCUCAAUAUGACCGUGAAAGCGCUCCAUUUGGAUUAGCUGAUCUGCUAGCACCCCUCACCUACCUCGGCAUGUCGAUUGCGACCGAGAGCCUUAUCUACGGGGAGAGCAGGGAGAGUGGGAGGAGUGAGGAGAUGGGAAUGGACACACCAAAUCUCACGAAAAAGGAUAAAGCGGAGCUGAUAGGACAGAGUGCGCAGCGUAUAAAGAUACUCUCGCGACUGAUCCCGCUAAUGCAUUCCAUGACAUCACUUUCGCUACUCGGUACCGGCGACACUAGCGGGCUCUUCACGACGAUGGUGCUACUCUUGAUGGACAGAUCACUGAGCAGCAUCUACCCCCAGAUAGCGGCGUGUGCGAGCAAUGCACUCGACUCCAUCGGAAGCGGAAGGAGUGAGAUUGUCACCCACAACACCCACGACGCCCUCAAAAUUGAUCUUCAUGUCCUCGCAAAUAUCCUCAACGCGGCUUCGGGACAUGCUCCCGCUUUCCAGCUCAGCAUGUUGGAGAUAUUCCCGUCAGGUACACUACGCGCAAUGCGCAUGCGCAGAUGGCUGGCAUGGGCUAUAUUGCUCGAUGGGAAACAUGAGCCUAUCGAUACGCAGAAAUAUGAAAAAUCACCAAACAUCCAGCCCAUAAUAAAACAAUUGAAGGAUGUGGAUGGUAAAUUUACCGUCAAUCAGCAUACAGACUAUGACAAUCUCACCGAUUGCGUUGAAAUACUUUCAAUAGUGCUGACAGAUUUGGAAACUUACCUCAUCGAAGAGAGACAUAUGAUAAAGUUCAAACCGAGUAUGAGUUUUGUAGAUGGGGAUGGUGAUAAUGAUAGUGAUAAAGAUAGCAUAGCCCUUCUCAUCACUCUUCUCCGCUCACUCAGUGGGAUGAUCGUAGAUACACGUAACGCUGAUCUCGAAAAGAGCAGAUGCAAGGAUGUUUUACAAAGGCUGGAAAUGAGGCUGUAUUGGCAGCGCAAGACAUUUGUGCAGAAUAUGCAGAUAGAUUUGCAGAACAGGUAA